UGUUCAAACUUUAACAAAUCUUCUUUGGCUGUUUAAACAAACGUGCUCGGUCAAGAGAGAGACUUAACCUCGUCUACGAAAAUUAAAUUGAAUUUAAAUUUAACAGAUUAUAUUAACCAUGAUUGGGAAAGGGAUGAUAUGUCUGCUUUUAAUUCCGGCGAUAUCGUUAUCACCCACCCCGUGUGAAGACCAGCCCGAUGGUGUGUGGUUGGGAGACGGGUCACGUGACUGCAAGUACCUGACGAACAUCUACCCAGAGGACCGGAUAUGGGGCGUGUACGCCGCCAGGGAGCGCCUUUGCGCCGAUCGCAGUACGCGGUGUUGCGCUUCCUGUCGCAUCCUUCUUGGAGGCGAGAAGUCGCCUGCCCUAACCCCUGAAUCUACGUCGGCUGCCCUAACACAUGAAUCUACGUCGGCUGCCAUUCCUCCUUCGCCUCAGACGACCGCCAGAAAUGGCCCGUCUUUGCAAGACACAUGCACAGACCAGUGUCUCAGCGGCGUCGACGGCACUGUUCCCGGAAGUACGUGUGCCUGGUUACUAGACGCGGAGCGACUAACACUGAAGAGUGCCAGCUACUUCUGCGAAAACGGAUUUGCUAGUGGAUGCGCGAAAAGCUGUAGUAAACUUAACUUUCAGACAAAGGCUGCCACUGUACCCACGUCUGACACAACUGUCAACGCAGAAACAUGUACGGACCAGCCCGAGGGUGUGUGGAUCGCUGACGGGUCACGUGAUUGCAAGUACCUGACCAGCCUUUACCCAGAGGACCAGAUAUGGGGCGUUUACGCCGCCAGGGAACGCCUGUGCGCCAACUCCAGCACACGUUGUUGCGCCUCCUGCAAGGCGGUUAAUUCGGAUGCUGUAACGGAACAAACAGUAGCUACGCCUGAAGUUGCAAUAGUUAACAUCCUGACACCAUCAUCACGCGAAGGCGAAGAAUGCACAGAUAGUUUCGCAACUUACGGAAAGUUGACAGUGACCUGUAGCGAACUACGACGUGUUGGCUCUGACCUCUACGCCAGCCGAAUGCAACUGUGUUCCACCCAACGGGACAAAUGUUGCAUCACUUGUAAAUAUAUAGCUGGUGAAAAGCCUUACACUUUCAACGAAAACGGCGAGGCUUUUCAACCGGAAGAUUCAAAGGCAGUGAUCUCGAAUAGCGAGAACGGAAAUGACGUCGGCAAUUCGGAUGAUACUUUUACAGAAUCUCCAGACGUUGUUGUCCAACGAUUGAUCGCUGAUUUCAUACGAGAACAAGAUCAAGAGAGAAAAACUCUGAUUUCAUUGAUAAAAUCCUUAUCGAACCUAGUAUCAAAGUCAAUGGAAAUCCAGAAGUAGUAUUUGCAAAGUUAUUUGGUUUGUGAAGGCUUUUAGAGCGGAUAUAUACGAUUUUUUAUAUGUGUUUUAUUGUAAUAUAUUGAUAAAAUAUGUUACAAUAACACAAAAUAGGCAAGAAAAUUAUACAUUAAAGCCGAAUUUCAUAAAAUGCAGCAAAGACAAAUUAGCGCCCCAAGCCGAUAGUGACGUACAUAUUUUCCUACAAUAACCGAAGCAUUCGUCUUUGUAUUAGGAUCUGAGAUAGUGUUCGUGUGUCGUAUGAAUAGAUAUCGUUGCAGGAAUUCAAAUAAACCGUUAAACUAAGUUUAGAUGCACAUCGUACAUGUAUGGUAUACAUGCUGGCGAAGUCGGCUGUACAGCCGUUUUCAAUUUCAGAAUUAAAUAUCUGGCUUAUUUCGCAUUUUUCGACAUAUGUUCUUCUUAACAUUUGCCAUUGUCUAAUAUAGCUAUUAUAUGCAUCUUUUGACGAUAUUAAAAACCUAAAAAUUAUAAAGCAUUGCAACGCGAAACGAUUGAAUAAUUUGGAGUGUUCUGUUGUUGUCGUUUAAAUUUGUGAAACUACGAAUAUUGCUUAUAUAACGUGUAAAAUACGCUUAUUAUUUAUGCUUGGCAUGAUAGCUCAGUUGGCUUAUGCGUUUUUACUUCAGGAUUCCGGGGGUCACUGGUUCGAGUCCUGCUACGGGCUACUUUUUUCCUUUUUUUAAAUUUUAUUUUUGAUAUUUUACUGGAGCUUUUAAAAUUUUAUGUUUACAUUUAUCAAUAUAAAGCAUUUAAUGACAAACUUCAAAACAUGCCAAAAUCUAUGAAAAGGCCCCUUUAAUGCGUAUUAGCUAACAUAUACCCUUAAGAAAACUGCCCAUUGUCUACAAUUUACGAACGUCUAUUUUGCAUAAUAAUGUUAACUUAGUUAUGCACAGAUUGUAUGAGGAAAACAAUGAAAGUGAAAAUACACUUUCGUACGUUAAUUUUUGAGUAUGCAUUACCCCUAAGGCCUAUUUUCAAAUAAUGUCUAUAGAAGUAAACCGAAUAAGCACACUCUGAAAGUUUAAAUUUAACACGAUGAGCGACAGUGGAGGACUUAAUGUGACUUAUGCAUGCGUGCGGCAUUGACACUAUUCCGCGUGCAGCGCGGAAGGAUGCGGGAACGUGAAAACAAGUUCAUGCACAUGAAAAAGUCGUUUGCUAAGCUGAAUCAUUGCGCGUAAACGUGUAUAUACGAUGUAUAAAAGUAUGCUUUGAUGUUUUAUCUUGUUAAUUAUAUGUGUAUCAUUAUAUAAACCUGUAUACAUUGUACGUAUUUAGUGAAACGUGAAACAGCUCAAAAUUCUUAUACCUGCCUGUGUACACAGCGAGGAUUGGUUCGGUCAACAUUUGCACUGGUAACUGGAAUUGACAAUGGUCGUUAACCAUUUCAGCACUGGAACCGAAUUUUAAAGGCCUUUGCAAACACUUUGGAUCCAGAUGAGACGCCACAGAACGUGGCGUCUCAUCAGGAUUCAAACUGUUUGCUAUUCUGAUAAUAUUCUUUGAAAAAAAAAUCAAAGAAAAUGCUUAUGUUAGAAAUUCUGCCGACGACAUUUUAGCAGACGACAAAUUUCCCAGCAUGCAAAGGGUUAACAGACCACAUUGAUCAUUAUGUUAUUGACUAAUCUCGGCGACGAAGAAUAUUUGAACGUGUACAUAUGCAUGAACAAAGUAGUUCUGCAGCGGAAAAUAUAAUAUGUUCGUGUAUUCUUGUAUAGAACUGUUUAUCGUUAUGUUAUAUUUAUUUAUAGUAAGUUCAUCAUUUAAUACCAAUUUUUAUUUAACUCUUUCCGGUGGUUUAUAGAGAAAUAUCAGUGCAAUGAAAUUGAUUUUUCACAGUUUUAAACAGUGAAAAAUAACAGUGAAAAAUAUCGAUAUUGUUACUGUUUUACUGUGUAAUGAAGUCAUUUUUUCGACGAAAUGACGUCAUAAAACCUGCGAAAUUAUCCAGUUAAACUUUUUUACAAUGAAAAUGAACGGUGAAAAAAGUAUAAAAUAAAAAAAAAAUGUCGGAUUCGAUGGUAUAUCGAUUUUAUUUCACUCGUGAUCAUAAAAAAUACAUACAAUAUUAUUUUAGA